ACAAUACAACACUAUUACACGCACUUCAUACCAUCUCAUACCUAGAACACCAUGUCUGCCUCAAUCUCCGCCCUCUUCUCUCCCAUCCGCGUAGGCAACUUGCACUUGCAGCACCGCGUCGUCCUUGCCCCACUUACCCGUGUGCGCGCACACGCAGAUCACGUCCCAGGCCCACAAGCACCAGCAUACUACUCUCAGCGAGGGUCGACCCCUGGUACUCUUCUUGUCUCAGAGGCCACGUUCAUAUCCCAGAAUGCUGGCGGUCAUGAUAAUGUUCCUGGGAUAUAUACCGAUGCCCAUGUAGAAGGAUGGAAGAAGGUAACACACGCAGUCCACGAGAAGGGCUCUUUCAUCUUCCUUCAACUCUGGGCACUCGGCCGCGCCGCAGAAACAGCCGUUCUCGCCAAAGAGAACAACAGUCCCUACGUUAGCGCCUCAGCCAUUCACCUUCCAGGAAGGCCAGAAACAGAAGUGCCACGCGCACUCACCACAGAUGAAAUUAAGGAGUACGUUGCCACGUACGUCGCAGCCGCAAAAAACGCCAUUCGGGCUGGCUUCGAUGGUGUUGAAAUUCACGGCGCGAACGGCUACUUGAUCGACCAGUUCAUUCAAGACGUCUCAAACAACCGCACUGAUGAGUAUGGCGGAAGCAUCGAGAACCGCGCAAGGUUUGCACUCGAAAUUACAGAUGCCGUCGUAGAGGCUGUUGGUGCUGAGAGGACGGCGUUCCGAAUUAGUCCCUGGGGCGUAUUCAGCGGUAUGGGCAUGACAGACCCAAAACCCCAGUUCUCCUACGUCGUCGAGCAGCUUCGCAAGCACAACCUCGCGUACCUCCACGUCGUAGAGCCAAUGCCUGAGGACAGGACUGCUGGAAUCAACAGCGAUUUCCUCCGUGAUAUCUGGCAAGGGGUUGAAGGAAGCAGCUUCAUCAGCACAAACGGGCAUACCCGGAAGAGCGCAAUUGAGACGGUAGACAACAAGGGUGGCCUUAUUGGAUUCGGGAGGCUGUUCAUGCCAAACCCCGAUCUUCCAUUCCGCCUGCUAAAGGACAUUGCGCUUGAGCGGGGCGACCAGAAAACGUGGUACCUGCGCGGUAAUCUGACACCGGAGGGCUACUCGGACUGGCCCUUCGCGCCGGAGAACGGUAAACACCAGAUAAGCAAAUUCUGACAUGGCCCUGUAAGUCAUAUACCCUAGAAUAGACAGUCGACCUUGUAAGUUAGAUACCUUACCGCACGCACCUGAUGAUCAUGACCACGUUUAAUCUUUAUUUGAACCUAUAA